AUGCCGGAACGCAUCGGUGACACAUAUGAGAAGAACGGCGGCCGCAACUCAAGAAAAGCAUUUUGUUCUGUUGCUACUUUUGCCUAUAUACUGGCGGGUGAAACAUGCUUUAUAACAACCAGGGCUACCAUCAUUUCCAUGCACCUAGAGCCAAACAUUAUAGCAAUGCAACUUUUGCUUACCGUGUCAGCUUUUCUUAUGGUACUUUCCGCCUCCGUGGCUAAUGCUGAAGCUCAAGAAAAAGCUGUUAAAGCUGGGCUGACAUAUCCAAAGGUACACCGGGUAACCAAGAUGUGGUCAUAUCGAUCUGCAAAAGCAAAGGGCAACGUCACGUACUCUGAUCCUUAUUUCUGGCUGGAAGGAUCUUCAAAGGACAAAAGUAUUCAACAGUUCAUCACUGAUCAAUCAAAAGUGACUGAGGAUUACGUUCAGGGCUGUAGGAACAAAGGAGCAAUCAUUGAAUCUUUAACUGCUGCAAGCAAUUAUGAUAGCUAUGGUUCAGUCUCUCUCGUUUCUUCAAACACCGGCGGAUCAUCUUUCUACAUAUUCUCCCUUUCUCGCUCUGGUAAUCAACCUCCGGUAUGGUAUACUGCUUCUGUUGCCGAGUUUCAGGCUGCAAAGAGGGAAAAUUUUGCUACACCUCCCGGUGAACCUUUUCUGGAUGAAGCGCUGUUGAGUACAGACGGCAGUGCACGAAUUCUGUACACCAGAGUCUCACCAAACGGAAAGAUUUUCAGCUAUCUUGUUAUCGGAGCUGGCGAGGUAGGAGAUUGGUACUUUCGAUAUUUCGAUUCCAUUUUGAUAAAUAAGAGUAAAGCUUUUCUCGCCGGUGGCCAAGAUCUCGGUUAUAAAAUUCGUUAUCAUGUAUGGGGAACGAACAGUUCAAGAGACAUCACUGUUUUUGAUUCAAAGAACGCCGGUGAAUAUGGAAGCGUUUCGUACUAUUACACCCACGUAAGCGUUGAUGGUCGAUGGUUGAUCGUCUCGGGUUAUCAUGAUGCGUCGAACAACAAUGUUGCUGUUUAUGCAACAUUAUUGAUAGGUCAAACGGUUUCUGAGAAUAUGAAAUGGAUCUCUCUAGCUCCAUCAUAUGACUACUCUUUAUUACCUGCAGGCAUUAUCAAUGACACUUACUAUGUUUCAACCAAUCGAGAUGCACCAAAUUCUAAAGUUGCAAAAAUCAAGCUUGAUUGGAGUAAAGCACGUCAGGUGAAAAAAUUUACAGAACUGCAAGAUCGUUCAGAGAUGAUUGACGUAAUACCCGAACGGAAGGAUGCAUUGAUCAUAUUCAAUGGCAAAUUGAUCCGAAGACUUGUUCCAAAAGAGAUGGUCACGAUUGCCGAUGUAUCGGGUGAUCAAAGAAGUGAUACAUUCAUACUUUCAUUUUAUAGUUGGAACUCACCGCAAAAGAUAUACGAGUUCAAAUGGACCAAAAAGGAUGUUCAAACUUCGCAGGUGACCAUCCAGCAUGUUAAAGGCUCGGAUCCGAAUGACUUUAUGAUCGAACAGCGUUAUGCCACAUCAAAAGAUGUUAUAAUGGGUAUUUCGUUUGGGCUUCGGCACGGUGACAAAGGAGGUAAAUGGCACGAUACAGCAAAAGGUUUAAAAAAGCAAAAGACGUUCGAUGAUGUGCUUGCAAUCCUUGAAGAUCUUGUCAAGCUGAAAAUCACUUCACCAGGAAACAUCAUUCUAGAAGGCGGGUCAGCUGGUAGAACGGCGGUAGGUGCAAUUAUCAAUCAAGCACCAAGUGGUUUGAUUGGUGUCGCACUUAUCGUUCGAGCAAUGACUGAUGUCUUCCAACUCGAGCUGCGCAGUACGUUGGGUAAUGCAAAUAUUGCAGAGUUUGGUGACGUUACCACUCCUGAAGGCUUUGAUGCAGUUAGAGCAUGGUCUCCCUUGUAAAAUGUUCACACAGAUAAGUCAUAUCCAGCCGUUCUCUUGACACCAGGAUCAGAAGAUGAAUCGGCACUCCCCUCAAGCAGCUAUAAAUUUGUGGCCGAAUUGUAACAUAGCCUUCCAGAAAACAAGCUUCCUUUCCUC